AUGAACACCAUCUUGUCAAAUCUCGGCCAAACAGCCUCAGAACUGGCCCGAAAGGCCGCUGUUGACACGGAAGAGAUUUACACAGCCCUGGACGACGACUCCGGAUACCAGAUCAACGAGCUGUCGACACUAUACGACGAUGGAGAUGCGUUUGUGCUCGGUCUGCAGCGGUUAAAGGCCGACAAGAACCUCGAGCGAGCGCGAGUGCUCAGCCAUAGCUCGGCAACACCGGUGGAGAAGCAGGACCUGCGGAAAAUUGGCACCGAUCUGCUGUUUGUCCGACAAUACGAGCUCGAGGUGGACGGACGAGAGCAGCAACUGACCAGUCUCAUCAAGCGGCGAGAAACGGAGGAGAUUGAGCUGGAGCGGGAACGGCAGGAGCGUGAAGCGCUUCUGGAGGGAGACCAGGACCUUACCCCUCAGUCACAUGGCUUGAGAAAACGUGGUGCUCACGGUAGCAUGGACAAUGAAAUUUCCCAGGAUGCCACACUGCAGACUAAGCUGCGGGUGGACGAGAACGAGCAGGAUGACAUUGCUAACGACGUGCUUUCAUUGGUGCGAAGAAUGAAGCAGAAUGCUGUGGAUAUGAACCAGAAGCUGGCCAAGGAUGACGCAAUGGUGAAGGAUACAGCGGCCGCUCUGGAAUCGUCGUCUACAAAGAUGGGAUCCGUGGGACAGAAGAUGAACGAGUACCAGCGGACUGCAGCUAUUGGUUACUUCUUCUACAUCAAGGCGGUGGUGUUUAUGGUGGUUGCUGUGGCGGGAGGUAUGAUUAUCAUUCGGUUGUUCCCUAAAUGGUGA